AUGGGUCAGACCUUGUCGGAGCCCGUGGUCGAGAAGACGUCGUCCGAGGGCGAAGAUGAGUGCUGCUUGUAUGGUGUGUCGGCCAUGCAGGGCUGGCGCAUCAGCAUGGAGGAUGCCCACGCCGCUGUGUUGGAUCUUCACGCAAAGUACUCCAGCAAUGCUGAUGGCAAACCGACGGAUCCGAGCCAGCGACUAGCCUUCUUUGGUGUGUAUGAUGGUCAUGGUGGAGACAAAGUGGCACUCUUUGCGGGGGAGAAGCUUCACCAGAUUGUGGCCAAACAGGAAUCAUUCGCCAAGGGAGACAUUGAGCAGGCACUGAAGGAUGGUUUCUUGGCUACCGACCGGGCAAUCUUGGAAGACCCUAAGUAUGAAGAGGAGGUCUCUGGUUGCACCGCAUCAACAAGUAUUAUUUCCAAGCACAAGAUCUGGGUGGCGAACGCGGGUGAUUCCCGCUCCGUGCUGGGUGUCAAGGGCCGCGCAAAGCCGCUCUCCUUUGACCACAAGCCGCAGAAUGAAGGCGAGAAGGCCCGUAUUAGUGCUGCCGGUGGUUUCGUCGACUUCGGCCGUGUCAACGGUAACCUGGCCCUGUCCCGAGCCAUUGGCGACUUUGAGUUCAAGAAAAGCGCCGAACUGUCUCCCGAGCAACAGAUUGUGACUGCCUACCCUGAUGUGACGGUCCAUGAGCUGACCGAUGACGAUGAAUUCCUCGUCAUUGCCUGUGAUGGUAUCUGGGACUGCCAAUCCUCCCAGGCCGUGGUCGAGUUCGUCCGAAGGGGCAUCGCCGCGAAGCAGGACCUCUACCGGAUCUGUGAGAACAUGAUGGACAACUGCCUCGCUUCCAACAGCGAAACUGGUGGCGUGGGUUGUGACAACAUGACCAUGACUGUGAUCGGCCUGCUGAAUGGCAAGACCAAGGAGGAAUGGUACAAUCAAAUCGCAGAGCGGGUCGCCAAGGGAGACGGGCCCUCCGAAUUCCGCGGCCCCGGGAUCCAGAAUCAGUUUGAGGAUAACCCCGAUGACUACGACUUGGAGAUGGAGCGAUCGCGCGGGUUCGGUGUCCGUUCUGGUCGGAUCAUCCUGUUGGGUGACGGCACCGAAAUCAUUCCCGACCAACACGAAGAGGAGCUGUUCGACCAGACCGAAGAGAACCAGGAUUUGGCCAACCAGGUACCCCAACAGGCGACAGACUCGACCCGGGUAGAACGAGAGGGCACCCCCGGUCCGCAGGGGAAGGAGGGGGGCAGCAUCACGGAACAAAUAUCCGAAUCCCCUUCUUCAACCACCGAUGCUGAGAAAGAGAAGCCCACCUCGUAG